AUGACUGACAAAGAAUUAGGGGUGACUGUUAUCAGCCGAAUCACUGGCUUGCCUCUGCAUAGCAACAGCAGUGAGGAGCCUUCUACCUCCUGUCCCUACCUGGCACUGAAUGCUUACAGCAUGAGCGUGGCGUCUUUACUGGCCAUGUUCAUUUCACUUGCCGCUUUUGGGAACACGCUGGUCAUCCUGUCGGUGCUGUGGAACCGCCGGCUCCAAACCGCCACCAACCUCUUCAUCUGCAACCUGGCCGUGGCGGACCUGCUCCUCAGCGUGUGCGUGCUGCCGUUCUCGGCCACGCUGGAGGUGCUCGGCUGCUGGCCGUUCGGCCGGCCGCUGUGCGACGCGUGGGCGGCCCUGGACGUCCUGUGCUGCUCGGCGUCCAUCCUGAGCCUGUGCGCCAUCGCCGUGGACCGCUACGUGGGCGUGCGCCACUCGCUCCACUACCGCGCGCUGGUGACCCGGCGGCGGGCCGGACUCGUCCUGCUCGGCGUGUGGGCGGCGUGCGUGGCGCUGUCGGCGCCGCCGCUGCUGGGCUGGAAGGAGCCGCGCCCGCCGGACGCCAAGGUCUGCACCGUCACCCAGGAGCCCGGCUACGCGCUCUUCUCCUCGCUGCUCUCCUUCUACCUGCCCCUGGGCGUGGUGCUGGCCGUGUACGCGCAGGUGUACGUGGUGGCGCGCCGGACCACGCGAUGCCUGGAGAGGGGCGUGAAGCGGGAGCGACGCCCGCCGGGCGGAGGAGGAGGGGAGGUGGUGCUGAGGAUCCAUCGGCGCGGGGCCGUGCUCGGGGAGGACAUCUCCGGGGGGGCCGGGAGGAUGAACGCCCGCAUUCUGCAGCGCUUCGCCCGGGAGAAGAAGGCUGCAAAGACCCUGGCCAUGGUGGUGGGGGUGUUCGUCCUCUGCUGGCUCCCUUUCUUCAUUGUGCUACCACUGGGUGCCAUGUUCCCCAUGUUAAAGCCGACCGAGACCAUCUUUAAGGUGGUGUUCUGGCUCGGCUACUCCAACAGCUGCAUCAACCCUUUCAUCUACCCUUGCUCCAACCAGGAGUUCCGCCGAGCUUUCAUGAAACUGUCGACGUGA